CUAUAAUAGCGGAGCAAAUGGAUUUGUCACCAUUCGUUGUCUCUGCUCUGCAAGCGGCAGGAGACGAGUCCUUGAUUUCUCAUGACUCAUUUACUGCUCUACUUGAGUUAUGUCUUAGCGUUGUUAUCAACAAGGGCUGUGAUAUGAACAUCGAUGUUUGCGAUAUUGACUCAAGCAAAUUUGGAAGUUGCGAUAUCGCUCUGCUGAAGCAGUGUUAUUCUGCUCUAAUGACUUUGAUAGUAGAAGCUGUAAGAGUGGAUGCUAGUGCAUCAUCUCUGACAAAUAUUCUUGAAGACUGCAAAAUGGCAUCAGUCAGAAUAGGAACUUUCAACCAGCUGUUCUUGAAACAGAAACAUGAGGUGAGAGCUGUUCUAGGAAGCACAAGGAAUACUGCACCGCAUGUGGUAGAUGUUAACUGGCGUCUUGACUACUGUAUGAAGGAUAAUCAGCUGGAGAGGGUUAACAAGCCUGUGUAUGUCAUUAAUCUAAUGACAGAGGAACUUGGAUCACAGAAGCAGGAGAAGGUGCAGUUUGCCUGUACGACAGAGCAACUGCAGGAUUUUGUUGGCAAAUUGAAAGAUGCAUCACGAAGUCUUGAAAAAGCAAGUGUGCUGUAGACACGCGAUCAACAGACAUAGCAAUGAAUUAUAUGUAGCUUACAAAACAGAAACAAGGUUUAACAAUAAUUGUCAAGAUUGUGUGAAUGUUCUUUGCACUAUUUUGUGCUUGUUUGACGUGCUUUCA